AUGGCUAAUUCCACUGUCCACGUUUCUGGCAUCUCGUCAACAACCUCCGAGAAGGAGGUUCGCGACUUCUUCAGCUUCUGCGGAAAGAUUGUCACCCUCUCCAUCACCCCAGUCUCUGGGGAGGCCGAUGCUCCGAAGUCCGCCACUGUGACGUUCGAAAAGGAGGCCGCAGCCAAGACUGCCCUCCUCCUAGACCAGACCCAACUGGGCACUUCUGCCGUUCACGUUGAAGCAACCCACAACAUCGAAGAAAUAGGCGGAUCCCAUGUCACCGACGCGGAGACCGAGGCCCGGGAAGAGGAGCACAUCGCGCAAGAAGACAAGCCCCGAUCGCGCAUCGUCGCAGAGUACCUGGCGCACGGGUACGUAGUGAGCGACAAUGCCAUCAUGAAGGCGAUCGCGCUGGACAAGAAGCACGGUGUCUCGCACCGCUUCACGACCGCGCUCACCAACUUCGAUAAGAAGUACAAUGCCACCGAGCGCGCCAAGGGCAUCGAUAACGACUAUCAGAUCUCCACUAAGGCAGCCAAUGGCUGGCGCGGCCUGAGCUCGUACUUCGAGAAGGCCCUGGAGUCCCCCUCUGGCCAGAAGCUGCGCGACUUUUAUGUUCAGACCGAUAAGCAGGUGCGCGAUAUCCACGCCGAGGCCCGUCGUCUGGCGGAUUUGAAGCAGGGUAAGACUGAGGCUGCUGCCGCUGCCCCUGGCCCUGCUGCUGUUGCUGAGCCUGCUACUGAGCCCGCUGCUCAGCCCGCUGCUGUUCCUUCUCAGCCCGAGGCUGCUGCUGCGCCUGUUGAGAAGUCCUAA